AUGAAUCUCUUGUUCUUUCUGUUUUUAAGUACCACCGUCUGCUAUCACAGAUUGUACUGCAAUGCCGUAACUAUGACCGAAUAUCUAAAAAUGGAUCACAAAUCGAUAGAGGCCUCAACUUUGAAGAACGAUGACAGUCAAACCCAAAAGGAACAAGUUUCGAGGAAGGAUUUACUAUUGCCACGGCAGAAAUCAUUAAAAAUUGAAGAUUUAACAAAACUUGCGAACACGAAGGGUGUCUUUUCAAAUAGGAAGGGCAAAAUUUUAGGAAGUUUAGCAUUUCUAGCUGGUUUAAGUGUCGGUAGUCUGUCGGGUGCGUCGUCAAACGUGAAUACGUAUGCCAAAGCUCCUCCAGUGAAUUUAAAUUUCGGUGCUUCAAGAAUUCCUCCUCACCUUGCUGCGAUUUACAAUCCUUACCCUUACGUGCCACAUCCUUAUAUUUUUGCCUCUCCUUUCGGGCUCUACCCUCUACUGAAUCCGUUAGGAUUACAAACGAUCGACGGAGUGCAAAAUGAUUUUCAAACGUUGGCACAAAAUCAACAAGCAUUGAAUCUGCUGGAGAAUAAAAAUCCAAUCGAUUUGUUGAACAACAAUGAUGAAUAUAUAGAAGAGGCCAAAAAGGUUGAGAAUGUCAGAACUUCGAACGACGUCGUAAAGAAGACUGAUGAGAGUGCAGAAUUACAGGUUGAAGACGAUCGGAACGCGGAAGAGAAGAAUCCUGGCGUUAUGUGUGAUCUACAGAAAAAAUUGAAGAAGAAAGAGAGCAAUUUGAAAAGUGUUCUUAGAGAGCCUGAAAGUAUCGAUGGUUCUUCAUUGUCACGUGACUCUCAUGCACCGAAUAGAACUUUUAUUAAAGCAACUAACAUCAGUGACAUGAAUCCAGAAAACAAUACCGGUACUCCCAUGACAAUGAAUUCGACGAUGAUUAAUAACGGAACGUCAAACCCGCCUUUCUACGGGUACUAUGGCGGAUAUCCACAAAACAUAGAACACAUCGAUUUUACCACGGAAACGAGCGAAUAUCACGAUUACGGGCACAUUAAUUACAAUUUACCCUCUUACGACAAACCUGUGAAUUUUUAUUCGAACGAAAGGUAUAAUUAUUAUUCAAAUCCUCCCGUUGAUUCUUCUCCAACGAAUGAUUUCCAUCAAGAACAAAUACCAGAAUACUAUUCGAACGAUUUCAAUAGAUUUUUAUACGCGCCAUACAAUGCACCGUCAUUUGCCAACAAUGGAUUCAGACCUGUUGCAUAA